AUGCCACCAAAAGCAAAGGCUGCGGCUACCCCGGGCGGGGAGCAGGACGGCGAAUCCUUGCAGGCCUUGGGCUUGGACACCAGCGAGGAUGCCCCGUCUGGGCACGUGCUCAUCGUCAUGAGCUCCAAAGGCGACAACAAAUUGUUGUGCCUCAAGUGCUUCUAUGUCAAGCGAGGCUCGUUCAAAAAACUCAGCAUCCGCGAGUUUGUGGCAGUACUUCGAAUGAUUCCUUCGUUGAACGAUAAGUUCCUCAACCUACGUCGCAAUCAUGUGCGGCAGACAUGCCUUUCGCCUGGUACGAAGCCUCGGCACGAAGCGAUCAACGUGCGUCUGUAUGCACAACAACGCACAAGCUCGUACAUCGACUUCCAGCAGGUCGGAAGCUGGGGUAAGUUCUUGGAUGAGGCAGAAGGUGAUAAGGUGAUACGAUGGUUGGUAGGAAAUAGGAAGUUUGCGAAGGUUUACCCAAGCCACUCAUCUUGCCAGGAAGGCACUUGGAUUGAGCUCAGUGAUUUCUUCGAAGAGAAGGCACCCGCCGACGUCAAACGAAAGUGCCGCACUCUCGCUGCCAAGAAGAACUGGAUUGUCAGCGACGACAGGGGUGUGGAGGGUGUGAUCAUCCUCCCCGAUUCCAAACGCCGCAAAGUCCUCAUUGGAACCAAGAUGGCUGCUGACAAAAUCCGCAGAGGUGAGGUUGAGAAUGGCGGUGACCUUGAGAAUGCAUUUCAGCGGGACUCCUCCAAGUUGCAAGCCGAAGUCAACACGGAGGACUGA